UAGCUCGUUAUGGCGGCGGAAGGUAUAGAAGAAUUUAGCGACCACGGGGAUUUCACAAACCCUUCAGGGUUUGAAGCCCCCGAGGCCACUGACCUCGCCGAGACAAAUCUAGGGGACCCUGAAGACAGACCUGGAGCUGGAGCUGGAACAGAUAUGGCAGAGCCACCAGCAACCUACAGUAUACCUCCACCAGAGGGAGAAGACGAAGAAGACGACGGAGAACUGCCGGCUGAUUUCGAAAGACUAUGGAAAAUGGUGACUGACAACCCACAGGAUUUCAACUGUUGGACAGAUUUACUGCAGUAUUGUGAACAAGAGAGUCAUAUGACCGCAUCCCGUCGGGCUCUGAAUGCGUUCCUGGCUAGAUACCCACUGUGCUACGGCUACUGGAAGAAAUUUGCAGAUUUGGAAAGGCGAGCAGGCCACAACAAGAAAGCAGAAGAGGUGUGUGUGCAAGGCUUGAAAGCUAUCCCGCUUAGUGUGGAUCUGUGGAUACAUUACAUCAACCUACUGCUCGGGACACUCAACAUGAACCUGCCUGAAUCAAUACAACGCAUUCGCAGUACAUUUGAGGAUGCCGUGGAGGCAGCAGGCUGGGACUGGCACUCGGACCGCCUGUGGGACCUCUAUGCUGAAUGGGAGAAGGAACAGGGAGACCUGAGAGCCAUGACUGCAGUCUAUGACAGAGUGAUGAGCGUGCCCACCCAACUGUACAGCACCCACUAUGAGAAGCUGAAGACUCAUUUAACCACUCAUGCACUCCAGGACGUGCUAAGCCCUGAGGAGUACAGCAAGCUGCGUGCAGAGUAUCGACAGAGUCAAAUUCAGGCCAAAAAAGAGGGCUCCGAUCCUACGGCCGACGAGGGAGAGGAGAGGCCACCCGGUGAGGAAGACCCCGUGGACAGUGGAAAAGACUCGGAUGAGGCAGUGCAGAAGAUGCAGGAGCUGUUGUUGGCCAGCAGAGAGGAAGCUUACCUACAGAAUGAGGGUGAGGUCAGGAAGAGAUGGAACUUUGAAGAUGCGAUCAAAAGACCGUACUUCCACGUGAAGCCCUUGGACCGGGCCCAGCUGAAAGCCUGGCAGAGUUAUCUGGACUGGGAGACAACUGAAGCAGAAGCAGAGCAAGAAGCCACGGAGGGAACUUCUAUGGAGGGUCAGGAGGGCUCCCAGGCGAGAAAGAGCAUUGCCGGACACAAGCGAGUGCUGAUUCUGUACGAGCGCUGCCUCAUUGCCUGCGCACUCUAUGAGGAGUUCUGGGAUAAGUAUGUGCAUUACUUGGAACCUCGUAGUCUGGAGGAGACGCGCAGUGUGUAUAGGAGAGCUUGUGAAAUCCACCUGCCAUACAAGCACAGUUUCCACUUGCAGUGGACAACGUUUGAAGAGAGACAUGGUAAUAUCUCAGAGGCGCAGCAUAUUCUAGAAUCCCUAGAGAAGGCAAUGCCUGGGUUGGCCAUGGUCCGCCUGCGACGGGCGGGGCUAGAGAGAAGGGUGGGCCGGCUAGAUAUGGCAGAGUCGCUACUGAGGGACGCAGUGGAACAGAACAAAGACAAGCCACACCUUCAUGCAUUUUUCUCCAUCAAGCUGGCACGCUUCCUCCACAAAUUGGGCAAGAAUCCCUCUAGAGCUCGCGCUGUACUGCAGGAAGCCAUUGAACUUAGUCCAGACAACAGUAAGCUCUACCUAAAUCUGCUGGAGCUGGAGGUCUCGGGGGACUUGCGUGUGAAUGGGGGAGGGGUCCAGCAGUGUGUGAACAAAGCUUUGGCUGCACCUCUCUCACCAAAGACCAAAAUCCUCUUCUCCCAACGAGGUCUCCAGUUCGUUGAGGAUUUUGGGACAUCUGUGCAAAGUGUGUUAAGUAUCUAUGAGGAGCACCAGAAGCUACUUAAUGAGCUCGGUGGGAAGAAGCGAGGAGCGGAGAAUGGUGAUGACGACCCAGAGAAAAUGAGUAAAAUGGAUGAUGGCUCUGCUAUGACGGCCCCUGCUCAAGGUGUCCCACCUAGUAUGCCCCCUGUUCCUAUGACAACACCACCUCCCCCUAUGAUGGGUGGAGACAUGAGUGGGGCCCACGGGUAUGGAGGCUAUAGCAACUGGUAUCAGCAACAGCAGUAUGGUGGCUAUGGUGGCUACCACAAUCCAUGGAACCAAUAUAAUCAGUAUUACCCUCCCAGCUAGACCAGAGGACCCUAGGCCAGUGGACAGCACCGUAGACCACUUCUGCUUCUCCAGCAAUGUACAGCCUCUUGUUCCCAUGCACACAUCCUCCGACUGCAGCAGGCUUACCCGGUACAGUAUGGUCAGAAGUAGAUGCAUAGUGAAGUGUUUUACACUGCACAUUUUAUCUUGGGAGAUGGUGAGCAGGGUACAGUUCACUGCCUACACAUCACUCUACUAGGUACAGCCCCAUAAAUACUUAAUUAGUACUUUUUUUUUUUUUUUUUUUAAAUGGUGUCCCUGUAUGGAAAAUGUUUGUGGUAUUUUGUAUUUUGAACAUUUUGUAAGAUCUUUUAAAAUUACAUUUAAGUAGCUGUUCAUUUACCCUUCAUUGUCAGCUUCAAGCCAUUCCAAAAGUAAACUGUUUUAUGAAUUCUUUGUGUAUAUAAUGUUUCAUAAUUUGAGUUUCAUCUUAGGUGCAUUGAAUCAUACAAACACACAGGUUUGUACUUAUGAUGGUGUUUCAUUUUGCAGCAAAGAAAUAAUUUUCAUAAGGAAAAUU